UGGGCGACACAGCAGGUGCAGAGGGACUUCCAGGCGACUGCAAAUAAGCAAAAUGUGCCGACAGAAUCUGGUAUCAUAGAGGAGAUCAUCUGCGUCAACUUCAUGUGCCACGAGCAUUUGAAGGUUUCCUUGGGUCCUCUCAUCAACUUCAUCGUUGGCAACAAUGGUAGCGGCAAGAGUGCGGUUCUUACGGCUCUUACUAUAUGCCUCGGUGGAAAGGCCACAGCGACCAACCGGGCACAGAAUCUCAAGAGCCUGAUCAAAGAGGGCAAAGACCACUGCACUGUAUCAGUUCGCAUCAAGAACCAGGGCGCACUCGCAUAUAAGUCUGGAGACUACGGUAGCUCGAUUGUCGUCGAACGACACUUCAAUCGGUCCGGCACUUCUGGUUUCAAGCUCAAGGACCAGAAUGGCAAAAUCUUCUUCCUCCAAGGCACCCAGCUCGAAACACUGAAUCGGGACUAUCAACAGAUUGAGCAAUCGUUGGAAUCAAUGAACACCAAGGCCGAGUUCAAAGAAUCUGGGCUUGAUGUACUCAGAAAGAAGAUGGAGAUCCUUACAUCAAAAGCGCGCCGGGCAGAGAAUCUGGAGAAAAUGAGAGCUGCCGAAACCGAGCUGGCGCAUCAGGCAGCUUGGGCCGGAGUUGAGCAGUUGGAAAAAGAAGAGGCAGAGAUGCGACGUGAAGUUCAGCGACUCGAUGCACUAAUCGAGCAGAGGACUGCAGCCGUGGAAGCGGCGUCUGUUAGUUAUGAACGUGCUGACUCAGCUUUCCAAGUGGCCCAGGAAGAGGUGACGGAACUGACAACUGGAAUGGAACCAGCGCAACAGCAGGUAAAGGAUGCCGCUGAUCAAUUCAACGAUGUAAAGAAGAAACUUUUGGGACUAAUGGCCGACGAGCGAAAAAGUGGUGGAGAUGUUAAGUUAAAACAAGACGAGGUCGCUCGUUAUGAAGCGGACAUUGAACAGCUUCGACAACGUCAGGCGCAAGCUGACAAUGGUCGAAUGGAGGAGAAGGUCCGAGAAGUUGAGGAAGCCAAGACAGAGCGCGAACGAGCAGAGACAGCUUACAGCAAACACAACGAGGGCUUUGCGGAGUUGCAAGAGCAGCUCAAGACAGUUCAGAAUGAGAAGAUACCAAUCGACAAGAACGUAGAGAGAGCCCGCGGCGACGAACGACGCAUCAGGAACAAUAUCAAUACUCUUCAACAGGGCGAGGGCAACUGGCUAAAUGCAUACCCAAACUCCAGAGAUCUUCAAAAAUUGCUGCAUGCUAUUGAUGGCGACGGAAGAUUCCGUGAAAAGCCAGUUGGCCCCAUGGGUCGUCACGUCAAGCUGUUGCUACCGCAAUGGGGUCACAUUCUGGAGAAGCAGUUCGGCGGGAUUCUUAACGGAUUCGUCGUGACUAGUAGGUCGGAUCAGGCCAUCCUGUCCGGGUUGAUGCGAAAAUGUGGUUGGACUGCAUCAAUACUCAUUGGGAAUAACAAUCGCAUUGAUACAACACAGCAUGAGCCUCACUCUUCGCUUCAGACAUGGUUGAAGGCGCUCAGGAUCGAGAACCAUCUUGUUCGAAACCAGUUCAUCAUCAACCAGGGCAUCGAACAAACGGUACUCAUUGAAGAUCAGACGGAGGGCACGAAGUUCAUGCACGACCGUGGACCAUUGACUGACAAAGUUAAAAUGUGCUUCACCUUUGCAGACGGCGAUAAGAGGAAGGGUCGAGUCAUAAACUAUACUUCCAAUGGCGGUAUCAACGAUAGUCCAAUCGCCGAAUUUCGGGGACUUAUGCGUAUGCAAGUGGACAAGGAAGCACAGAUUAGGGAGGAACAAGCGCGCCACAACGAAGCGCAGCGCGAAGUGCGUGAGCUCGAGGAUUUAGCCCGGAAGCUUCAAGAGAAAAUUCACGUUUGCAAGACCCAAGAGCAGAAUCAUCAGAGGUUGAAGAAACAGCUUGACCUCAAACGCCAGCGCGCUCAUGAUGCUGUAGAACGACUCGAGAUAGAACUAAGCAAUGCAACGCCAGACGAUGCAGCCAUCGACGUACUCCAGGAGCAACGGGAAGUCGCUAAGGAGGAACUGGAACGUGCGGAGGGUGUGUUCGAGGAUGUGGUGUUACAACGUGUCAAGCUGAACGACGAGAACCGCAUCAACAAAACCAACAUGGAUGAGGCGCAAAAGGCUCUUGACGAACAUGAAUAUAACAAGAACAAAGCCAUAGACUUGGUGACCGGUGCUCAGGGCAACCAGGCCGAGUGGAAGGAAGCACGUGUGGCGAAGCAGGGCGAAAUCGAUACAAUGAUGAAAGGAGCUGCAGAAAUCUGUCCGGAGCGAGUAGAAAUCCCUGAUGGCAAAACUCAGGACCAAUUGGUGGAGAAGUGGCAAAAGCUUGUCGCGACCAGAAAGCAAGCGGAGGAUGAACUGGGCGGUUCGCAAAGCGAGCUGUUGAGGCAAGCAAACGGAGCAAGGAAAACGCACUAUGAAGCCAUGCAGGAGCUUGAGCACAUCAAGGCUCUGCGAAGCCAUCUCAUCAACACCGUCAUCAACCGCAGAGCUCGAUGGAAGCAGUUUCGCUCAGGCAUCUCGGUUCGAGCGCGAGUUACUUUCAACUACCUGCUCAGCGAGCGCAAGUUCCGCGGCACGCUCAGCAUUGACCAUGCCAAACAAGCGCUUGACAUUCAUGUUCAACCGGACAUUAUGGAGGUCAGUGGCGACGGACGGCAGACCAAGACUCUUUCCGGUGGAGAAAAGUCUUUUUCUACUGUCUGUCUUCUACUCUCGCUCUGGGACGCGAUGGGCUCCCCCAUCCGCUGCCUUGAUGAAUUCGAUGUCUUCAUGGACAGCGUCAACCGAGACCGGAGUAUGAACAUGAUCAUCAAGGCUGCAAGGCGCUCUAUCGGUCGACAGUUUAUUUUCAUCACUCCACAGUCUAUGAACAAUGUCAAGCAAGACUCGGAUGUCAAGAUUAUCCGGAUGCGUGACCCUGAGCGGGGACAGUCGGCGCUGAACUUCCAAUGA